UCAUUCUUUGCGGCGUCGUGACGUCGGGUCAGCUGAUCCCUGCCGCGAGCGAGGAGAAAGAUGUCGCUGACGAGCUGUCGAAGGAUGGAGGCUGUUUUCUCCCUGGCGCUGGUCCUCUGCUCCCUCGCUUCAACCGGAGUACAUGGGGACAGCUUAACAGUGCUGCAGGCUCCAGAGUUUGUGUCCUUCCAGAAAGGAGACUGGCCUGUCUCUGGAGAGAAGAUCCCUGACCUGGUGGCUUUAACCAUGGGCUUCUCUGUUCAGGAGGAUCUCUCCUGGCCAGGCCUCCAGGCUGGGCCAUUAUUCCAGCGUCCCCGGGCUAAUGUACUGCUGGUGGUGAGAGGAGUCGAUAGCUUGGCCCUGCCUCACAGUGUGGCCUCCUACCCCUUGGAGAAUCCAGUACCCUUCACCUUGGAUACUGUUGCAGAGACGGUGCACUCUCUGUUUGCUGAGGACACCCCUGUGGUGCUGCAGCUGGCCCCUAGUGAGGAGAGACUGUAUAUGCUGGGCAAGGCCAAUGCAGUGUUUGAGGACCUACCAGUCACCUUGCAGCAGAUCCGUGCCCGUCUGUCCCAGGAUGGCUCUGUGCUGUCCUCCCUGCCCCUCAACUCCCUCAGCAGAAAUGCAGAGGCUGAUUUGCUCUUCCUGUCUGAGGUCCAAGUACUGCAUGAUAUCACAGCUCUUCUGCAGAGACACAGACAUUUGGCUAAGGACCACUCCCCUGACCUGUACUCCUUGGAGCUGUCUGGCCUGGAGGAGCUGAGCCGGCUCUAUGGCCAAGACUCCCCCCAGUACCGUGAUGCCACUGCCAUCCUUGCCUCUGUCCUGCAGAAGUUUGGAGAGGAUGUGUAUGGUCUCUAUGGCAAUAGUGCUGUGGUGGAGGUUGUGACAGUGAAGACUUUUGAGGCUCCUUUGACCAGGAAGUCCCGGUCGAUCCUGGAAUCCAAACAGAUCAGUAACCCAGGCAGCCAAUACAACCUGGCCUACAAGUACAACUUCCACUAUGCUGUGGUCUUCAACAUCGUGCUGUGGCUGAUGAUCGCUCUGGCCCUCGCUGUCAUUGCCAUCGCAUACAACCUGUGGAACAUGGACCCAGGAUAUGACAGCAUCAUCUACAGGAUGACUAAUCAGAAGAUCAGGAUGGAUUAAGUCCUGACCAUCAACACUCCAGCUGUCCUCUUAGAUCCCUGUAGUGAAUGUUAGUGUUUUGUGUGAGGUCUUGUUUAGUGAAAGAACUGUGACAGCUUGAUGGGUAAUACAGAACCACCUCUUUGUUUACAGCACUGGCAUGUUAACGGACAAAAAAAUAACGAUAUUACAGUAGUGGGCUCUUAAAUUUGCCUGCAUAAAGCGGUUGGAUAUCAUCCUCCACUGGUGUAUACACUGAACAGAAUUUCAGACUUCUUCCUUUCAACCUCACAGCUCACAUCAUUCCUCAUGACUUUAACUCCUCACUACGUUUAAUUCCCCCCCUGGUGUUUGCAAUUCUAUUUUUUAUUGUAAAAAACUAUCGUAAUGUCAUGAAAGAAUGAGAUUUGUCUGAUUUCUGUGUGAAGUUUUUGUGCUUGUCUUGAUGUGUGAAACUGUUUUAAGUUAAAUUAAAUCUAUGUGUAUAUAUUGAAUAUACAAAUGCAACUGUAUGACAAACUGCUGUACUCUUAUUGUGAAAAGAUUUGUGCAGUGUUUAUUCCAGGUAGAUCCAGGUUCCCUGCUACUUAUUCCAAAUGAUGAAUACAUAUUGGAUUACACAAAUACGUGACAGUAAUGUAGGUUGUUAGGAUUGGAUAUGGAUAAAUGAAGCUCUGUAAAUUGCAAUAAAAUGCCUGCCAAUAAAUUAUAACAUGGAUCAAA